CAAAGGCAAAAACAACGGCUGGCUGAGCAGGCCGAUCAGUGUGAAAUCGACGCUGAGGGCCGUACGCGACGGUCUGCUGUUCGUGGUCGGCGGAUUCCUGCGUUUCGUUCGACGCCUAGACAUGCACGGCGGCGGUACCGGCAACAACAUCAACUUCGUCGAGGGGCUGAUCGACUUCCUGGCAGGCUCCAUUGGUGGGGCCGCCCAGGUAUAUGUCUCGCAGCCCCUCGACACGGUCAAGGUCAAGCUGCAGACCUUCCCGGAGGUGUACCGCGGCAUGUGGGACUGCUUUGUGAGCACCUACCGCAAGGAUGGCUUCAUGCGCGGCCUGUACGCCGGAUCCGUUCCGGCCGUAUUCGCCAACGUGGCGGAGAACUCCGUGCUGUUCGCUGCCUACGGCGGUUGCCAGAAAUUCGUCGCCUUCUUUGUCGGCAAGGAGACCUCCAGCGAGCUGACCACCGUGGAGAACGCCUGUGCCGGCUCCCUGGCCGCCUGCUUCUCCACCCUCACCCUCUGCCCCACCGAGCUGAUCAAGUGCAAGCUGCAGGCGCUGCGCGAGAUGAAGCACUUCGUGGAGCCCGCCCAUCCGGAGGACAUGCGCACGCCCUGGACGCUAACGCGGUACAUCUGGCGAACGGAGGGCAUUCGAGGGUUCUAUCGGGGUUUGAGCUCCACAUUUAUCCGCGAGAUGCCCGGCUACUUCUUCUUCUUUGGCAGCUACGAAGGCACACGCGAAUUAUUGCGAAGGGAGGAUCAAACUAAGGAUGAAAUCGGACCUGUGCGGACCAUGAUCUCCGGUGCCAUUGGAGGCGUCUGUCUGUGGACAUCGACGUUUCCGGCGGACGUGAUCAAGAGCCGCAUCCAGGUGAAGAACCUAAACGAGAGCAUGUUCGCCGUGGGGGCGGACAUAGUCCGGCGCGAGGGUGUCCUGGCACUCUACCGCGGCCUUCUGCCCUCCGUCCUGCGCACCAUUCCGGCGACGGCCACCCUGUUCGUGGUCUACGAGUACACCAAGCGGGCGAUGAGCUCCACCCUCUGACGACCCCUUCCUCCAGCGGGUAACGAAUGGAUCCCGGAGCGAGACGCAGUGCUAGUAGUUGUGGGCUUUUGGCGCGUGGCCGCGGGCGGUCAUCAUUAAAUAUUCGAUAAUUAUUCCUAUUUUUUCUAGAUAAAUAAUAGAUCGUAGUGUUGUGCCUGUACAAUGUUCAGAUAAUGCUAAUGACUGACUAAUAUCCAA